AUGCUGCCUCGUGUGAGCUACCUCUACACCCUCGUACCCCAAUGCUUGGCGCGAUUGGACCGGUACCUGGGUGCCGGACCCCACACCCCUUGGCUUGAGUUCCGGCACCUCCCCCUGCGCUGGCAAGAGGCGACCUUCAUCCUGCGCGGCACUGCGGGGCGCGUCAUGGAGAUGGCGGCCGGGAGCCAGACGGAGCUCUGGUCCGCCGUGACCCGGGCCGACGCCGCCGCGUAUGCUGAGGCCGCCGCGUCCCUGCAGCUGAGCCCGGGGUCGUGGAGGGGGCGGCCCCCCAGCCUCCCGGUCCGCAUCCUGGCCUGCGAGGCCGGGGGGGUGCCUGGCAGCUGGCGGGGCGUGUUCUACUCCUCCCGCCCCGUUGCCAUCAGCCGGGGGGGUGAUGAGACGGAGGGGGAGGGGGAGGAUAGCGCGGGGCCGAGUGGCCUGUCGCUGGGGCAGGCGCUGGACGGCAUCCUGCGGGAGGCGGACCUCUGCGAGCGCCCGGGGCCCGAGGAGGCAGACUGUUCGCCGGUACCAUCCCCGAGGCCAUACACCGCAACCGUGUGUGGCUUGACCCCGGCGCCAGAAACGAGCCUGGCGACGCUGUACUCCAGCUGCGCAGCGGGGGAUGGCUUCCUGUAUGUCGCCGUGCACUUGGCCUGA